GCGCCGGUGCGCAGUCGGUUCAGCAGCAGCUCGCUUUGGAAUCUGAUCGCGUGCGUGCGUGCGUGCGUGCCAAUUCAAGCGGAAAUAUGAGCUCGUCCUCGACGUCGUCCUCGAACCCGGACCAGCGGCUGGAGCAGCUUCUGAGCGCCGUGGAGAGCGAGUUCCAGAAAGGCAGCGAGAAGGGCGACGCGUCCGAGAGGGAUAUUAAACUGGCGCUGGAGGACGCCGACUUGUGGAACAAGUUCAAGGAGUUGACCAACGAGAUGAUCGUGACCAAAACGGGACGGCGCAUGUUCCCGGUGCUCAGGGCCAGCGUGAGCGGGCUGGACCCCAACGCCAUGUACUCGGUGCUGCUGGACUUCGUGGCGGCGGACAACAACCGCUGGAAGUACGUGAACGGCGAGUGGGUGCCCGGCGGCAAGCCCGAGCCGCAGAGCCCCAGCUGCGUCUACAUCCACCCGGACUCGCCCAACUUCGGCGCGCACUGGAUGAAGGCGCCCGUCUCCUUCAGCAAAGUCAAGCUGUCAAACAAGCUCAACGGCGGGGGGCAGAUUAUGCUCAACUCCUUACACAAAUACGAGCCCAGGAUACACAUCGUGAAGGUGGGAGGCGUCCAGAAGAUGAUCAGCAGCCAGUCUUUCCCGGAGACGCAGUUCAUCGCCGUCACCGCUUACCAGAACGAAGAGAUUACGGCCCUGAAGAUCAAGCAUAACCCUUUCGCCAAGGCCUUCCUGGAUGCCAAAGAAAGGAGCGAUCACAAGGACAUGCCCGAGCACAGCGCGGACAACCAGCAGUCGGGCUACUCCCCACUGGGGGGUUGGUUCCUGCCGGGCCAGAGUCCCAUCUGCCCCAGCGGCAGCCCGCCGCAGUUCAGCGGCGCCGCGGGCCCCUCGUCGGGCUCCUACUGCGAGCGCUACUCGGGCCUGAGGAGCCACCGGGCCAGCCCCUACCCCGGCCACUACCCCCACCGCGCCUCCAGUACCAACAACUACAUGGACAACACCCCCGCCACGCUGGCGCCGAGCCACGACAACUGGUCCGCCCUCCAGAUCCCAAAUUCCACAGGCAUGGGCACCCUCUCCCACACCACCAACUCCUCGUCCAACUCCAGUCAGUACCCGAGUUUGUGGUCGGUGGCGGGCAGCACCCUGAGCCCGUCGGGCUCGGCUUCGGGCGGUUUGACGUCGCAGUUCCUGAGGGGAUCCUCCUACACGGGCCUGACGUCCUCGCUGCCCGUCUCGUCGCCGUCCUCCAUGUACGACCCGGGCCUGGGCGAGGUGGGCGACGCGCAGUUCGAGAGCUCCAUCGCCCGGCUCACUGCUUCGUGGGCGCCCGUGGCGCAAAGCUACUGAGGGGAGGGGCGCGCUCGUUUUGGGCCCUGUAUAUUCAUGUACAUAGACUAAAUUAACUCGAUGUGAUGUUCCGUGUCAAGGUUCCUUUUUUGCUUUCAAGUGCCUUCCUCGCGAGGGGUGGCGGGGGGUAUGUCUCCCCCCCCCCGCACAUGUACAUAACUACUGUAUUUGUAUUUGAACUCGGUGUGAGUUGUUAUUUAUGUCAUUUAAUAAUAAAUUAAAAAACA